CAGCCGAGGUGGCCCCACGCUUUCCUUUUCCGGUUGCGGCGCCGCGCGGUGAGGAGCUCUCGUUUCAAGCCCGCAGUCAUGCCGUCCAAGGGUCCGCUGCAGUCUGUGCAGGUCUUCGGACGCAAGAAGACUGCCACAGCCGUGGCACACUGCAAACGGGGCAACGGCCUCAUCAAGGUGAACGGGCGGCCUCUGGAGAUGAUUGAGCCACGAACGUUGCAGUACAAGCUGCUGGAACCUGUUCUGCUGCUGGGGAAAGAACGGUUCGCUGGCGUGGACAUCCGUGUCCGUGUGAAGGGUGGUGGUCACGUGGCCCAGAUUUAUGCAAUCCGCCAGUCCAUCUCCAAAGCCUUGGUUGCCUACUAUCAGAAAUAUGUGGAUGAGGCCUCCAAGAAGGAGAUCAAAGACAUCCUCAUCCAGUAUGAUCGGACCCUGCUGGUAGCUGACCCUCGUCGCUGUGAAUCAAAGAAGUUUGGGGGCCCUGGUGCCCGCGCUCGCUACCAGAAAUCCUACCGAUAAGCCCACCAGGAGGAGCAGGGUUCACCUUUAUAAUAAACAGAGGUUCUGGGAUUUUAAGGUUUCAAG